AUGCCACGACUGAAACCAAAGGUGGGUCAGGCCCGCAGAAACACGUUUCCAACCGUUGUUCCUAUUCCACGUGGACAUAGUACGUAUGGAACCUGCAUUGCACCAAUUAAUAGCAUCAAGGCAGAUGAUCACGCGUUAUCACAAUCAUUCACUAGCCACAACGACUACUUCAACUACCAACCAAAAACUGAUAUCCACGAUGAACCCCAUCUUAAACGCUCACAUAUCCCCACCCCGCUUCAGCUUCAGCACGAUGACAACACACCCCUGUCGGCCGGCCCUUCAGGUUACAAAUACAUGCCACUGUCCUUGCGCACUCCGGACCUCGAGUCCUUCCGCUAUGACCAUGGCAUAGAAUUUAAGAAGCACUUCUCGAUCAGAGAGACGGUCUUGAAUGCCCAGUGGCAUCAGAUCUUCGAUGAAGACGCGCUGCUAUCCAGAACAAAGCGAAAGAGUGUACAAUCUCUUAGAAAAUUAAAGAACAUCUUUCGAAACUUUCGCGGCAAGCCGAUCCCACCCUACGCUAUCUUAUCGCACCGAUGGGGCGGCUCCGAGAUCCUUAUUGAAAAUGUAUUGAAUGGAAACUAUAAAGAGAAAGAAGAAGGCUACCAGAAGCUACGGUUCUGUGCCGAACAAGCGGCUCAGGACGGGCUGCAGUACUUCUGGAUCGACACAUGCUGCAUCGAUAGAUGGGACAACAACGAGCGCUCCAAGGCGAUCAACUCAAUGUUUCAGUGGUACCGGAACGCGGCCCGAUGUUACGUCUUUCUGUCGGAUGUCUCGCUACCCGCUACGGCAGACACGCCCCAACGCAGCGACUGGGAGACGUCGUUCCGGAAGAGCGAAUGGUUCACUCGAGGAUGGACGCUUCAAGAGCUGGUCGCGCCAGUGUUAGUCGAGUUCUUCUCGCGUCAAGGACAGCGCAUAGGCGACAAAGUGUCACUUGAUCAACUACUACACGAUAUUACCGAGAUUCCACUCGCCGCGCUGCACAACUGUCCUUUAGGCCAAUUUAGUAUAUCUGAGCGAAUGCGAUGGGCUGAACACCGCAGAACAACUGAAGAAGAAGACAUUGUAUAUUGCCUACUUGGAGUUCUUGGCGUCUCUUUGCCUACGACUUAUGGAGAAGGAAAGGAGAGUGCAUUAAGAAGGUUGCAAGCUGAAGUCGAGGAAUCUGGCAGCGCGCCGUCAAUUAUUCCCUUCUCACGAAACCAGUCUUUUGUGGGCCGUGAACUACAGCUUACAGAGCUAGAAGCGAAGCUCUUUAGCAAUAAACGGACUACCACUACUCUAGCAAUUGUUGGCCCUGGCGGAACAGGCAAAUCGCAGCUCGCACUCGAGGCUGCCUUCAGAACAAGGCAGAAUAGCAGAAGCUGCUCAGUUUUCUGGAUGGACGCGAGCGACAGAGAUAGCCUUUACCGAUCUUACGCAAACAUUGCGCAGAAGCUUAGUAUUUCUGGGUGUAACGAUGACCAGGUAGACACAAAGCAGGUCAUAAAACGCUGUGUGACAACAAUAAGUGCGCGACAGUGUUUGCUGGUCUUCGACAACGUGGAGCGCACUGCUAUAUGGCCAAGUGGCUUGCCUACUACAGAAGCUACUAGUAUAUACUUGACCGAAUUUUUGCCGCACUCUAAGCUAUGUUCUAUCAUUUUUACAACAACAGAGAGUAACAUAGCUGAGGCGCUUGCUCCACAGAAUGUCACAGUGCUGCAGGAGCUGACGCCAGACACGGCGCUGAGGAUGUUACGAAACCGCGUGGCAACGCCGUUUUCGAACACUGAGCAACAGGUUGCCAUGCACUUACUGAGAGAGUUAUUGUAUCUGCCUUUGGCAAUCGCGCAAGCGGCAGCGUGCAUACGCGCUAGUAGCAUGACCGUACAACAGUACCAAGCACAGCUAGACCAUCACAAAGACGCAGCUCUCAAGUACAGUAAUAACUUAUCUAAAGGCGAGCAGCGGGAAUGUGGUCUAAGAAAGACUGUAGCUGCUACACUGUCUCUCUCUAUAAGCCAAGUCUAUAACAGCAAUGCGGUUGCUAUAGGCUACCUUUUUAUUGCUGCAUGCGUAAAUCGAAAGGACAUCUCGCUUGAUCUUCUAGAGGCAGCUUCACCGCGGGCCCGUGAAGAUGCCAUUAAGGUACUUGAUAAGUAUGCGCUCAUCACGAGGCGACCUGCUGAGUCUGCAAUCGAAGUUCAUCGACUAGUCCAUCAAGCUCUGUGCAGCCAGCUGCAAGUGCAGGGACGGCUCAUGCAGUGGACUCAAUGCACUAUCAGGCAGUUACUCCGAGUAUUUCCAAACGAUGAUCAUAGUAGUAGAAGCAAGUGGAGACGACUGCUUCCGCAUGCGCAGCAUGCUCUGUCGCAUAGUCUGAUGGAUGACAAUAACGGAGAGAGACUAUAUCUCACAUGGAAGUGUGCUAGGUCACUUUUUAGUGAUGGAAGGUAUAAGGAGGCCGAAGAGCUGUUUGUGCAAGUGGUGCAGACAACAAAGAGAGUACUUGGCAAUAAGCACCCUAACACGCUAGCUAGCAAGGCCAACCUAGCGUCGACAUACAGGAACCAAGGGCGGUGGAAGGAGGCCGAAGAGCUAGAAGUGCAAGUGGUGCAGACGAGAAAGAGAGUGCUUGGCGAGGAGCAUCCUGACACGCUGGCCAGCAUUGUUAACCUAGCGUCAACGUACUCGGAUCAAGGGCGAUGGAAAGAAGCAGAAGAGCUAGAGGUACAAGUGAUGCAGACAAGGAAGAGAGUACUUGGCGAGGAGCAUCCUGACACGCUGGCCAGCAUGGCCAAUCUGGCGUCGGUAUAUAGCCACCAAGGGCGAUGGAAGGAGGCCGAAGAGCUAGAAGUGCAAGUGGUGCAGACGAGAAAGAGAGUGCUUGGCGAGGAGCAUCCUGACACGCUGACCAGCAUCGUUAACCUAGCGUCAACGUACUCGGAUCAAGGGCGAUGGAAGGAAGCAGAAGAGCCAGAGGUACAAGUGAUGCAGACAAGGAAGAGAGUACUUGGCAAUGAGCACCCUAGCACGCUAAUCAGCAUGGCCAAUCUGGCGUCGGUAUAUAGCCACCAGGGGCGAUGGAGGGAGGCUGAAGAGCUGUUUAUGCAAGUGGUGCAGACAACAAAGAGAGUACUUGGCAAUGAGCACCCUAAAACGCUAACUAGCAAGGCCAACCUAGCGUCAACAUACAUGAACCAGGGGCGGUGGAAGAAGGCUGAAGAGCUAUUUGUGCAAGUGGUGCAGACGAGAAAGAGAGUAUUUGGCGAGAAUCACCCUGACACUUUGACUAGCGUAGCUAAUCUGGCGUUGACGUACUCGAACCAAAGGCGAUGGAAGGAGGCUGAAGAGCUAGGAGUAGAAGUAAUGCAGAUGUCAAAGAGUGUGCUUGGCGAGAAGCAUCCAAACACGCUAGCCAGUAUAGCCAACCUAGCGUCAACGUACUCGAACCAAAGGCGGUGGAAGGAGGCCGAAGAGUUAGAGGUAGAAGUAAUGCAGAUAACAAAGAGUGUACUUGGUGAGGAGCAUCCUAACACGCUAACCAGCAUGGCCAACCUAGCGUUAACGUACUCGGAUCAAGGGCGAUGGAAGGAGGCUGAAGAGCUACAGGUGCAAGUGGUGCAGAUAACAAAGAGAACACUUGGCGAGGAGCACCCUCACACGCUUACCAGCAUGAACGAUCUCGCCUUCACGUUGCAGUCGCAAGCUCGCUGUGAGGAGGCUUUUGCACUGAUGGAAACAUGCUUCCAAUUGCGCCAGCAGGUCCUUGGCGAGCAACACCAUGAUACACAGUCGUCGCUGGAAACGCUGCAUAGCUGGCGAGUGGAGUAUAGUAACGAGAACCUAUAAUUUUAUCUUCAUACAACUCUGCAUAACAAAUACACGGCCGGUGCGACGG